UCAUGGCGUCUCCCUGUGGGAAGGGAGCCCGGGCGCUGGAGGCUCCUGGCCUCGGGCCCCGGCCGCUCGUCCGGGAACUGGUGGACUCUGUAGACGAUGCGGAGGGGCUGUAUGUGGCGGUCGAGCGGUGUCCGCUCUGUAACACGACCCGCCGCCGGCUGACCUGCGCCAAGUGCGUCCAGAACGGCGAUUUCGUUUACUUCGACGGUCGCGACCGUGAGAGGUUUAUAGACAAGAAGGAAAGGCUAAGUCAACUUAAGAGCAAACAAGAAGAAUUUCAGAAAGAAGUGUUAAAAGCUAUGGAAGGGAAGUGGAUAACAGAUCAGUUGAGAUGGAAAAUAAUGUCCUGCAAGAUGAGGAUUGAACAACUGAAGCAAACAAUAUGUAAAGGAAAUGAAGAAAUGAAGAAAAAUUCCGAAGGCCUCCUCAAAACCAAGGAGAAGAAUCAGAAGCUUUAUACCCGAGCACAGCGGCACCAGGAGAAAAAGGAGAAGAUCCAGCGGCACAUUCGCAAGCUUGGGGAACUGGUAGAAAAGAAAACCUUGGACUUGCAGAGUCAUUACGAGCGUCUGGCCAGCCUCCGGCGCUCUCAUAUAUUGGAGCUCACCUCUGUCAUUUUUCCAAUCGAGGAAGUUAAGACCGCUGUGAGAGAUCCUGCAGAUGUGUCUUCGGAGAGUGACAGUGCCAUGACCUCAAGCACAGUGAGCAAGCUCGCCGAAGCCCGCCGGACCACGUACCUCUCAGGGAGAUGGGUCUGUGACGAUCACAAUGGGGACACCAGUAUCAGCAUCACGGGGCCGUGGAUCAGCCUGCCCAACAACGGAGACUACUCUGCCUAUUACAACUGGAUGGAGGAGAAGAAAACCACCCAGGGCCCUGACAUGGAGCACAGUAACCCCGCCUACACUAUCAGCGCUGCUUUGUGCUACGCGACUCAGCUCGUCAACAUCUUGUCUCACAUACUCGAUGUAAAUCUCCCCAAGAAGCUGUGUAACAGUGAAUUCUGUGGGGAAAAUCUCAGCAGACAGAAAUUUACUCGAGCAGUGAAGAAACUGAAUGCCAAUAUUCUUUACCUUUGCUUUUCUCAGCAUGUAAAUUUAGAUCAAUUACAACCACUACAUACCCUCAGGAAUCUAAUGUACCUGGUCAGUCCAAACUCUGAGCACCUAGGCAGGUCGGGACCCUUUGAAGUGCGCGCCGACCUGGAGGAGUCCAUGGAGUUCCUGGACCCCGGCGCGGCCGGAGAGUCCGACGAGAGCGGCGACGAGCGCGUGAGCGACGAGGAGACGGACCUGGGCACAGACUGGGAGAACCUGCCCAGCCCGCGCUUCUGCGACAUCCCGUCGCAGCCCGUGGAGGUGUCGCAGAGCCAGAGCCCGCAGGCGUCCCCGCCCAUCGCCAGCAGCAGCGCGGGCGGCAUGAUCUCCUCGGCCGCCGCCUCUGUGACAUCGUGGUUCAAGGCGUACACGGGGCACCGCUAGCGCCGGUGGGCGCGGCCGAGGGAGCCCCGGGGGUCGCAGUGGAAACAGUGCCUGGAAACGAAAGGAAACGGAGAGGGAGACAGCCCCUUUCUGUCAGGCGGCACCCGGGGCCUCGCCACCGCCCUGCAGGGCGCCUGCGAUGGAGCGGCAGCCCGGCGGGUCCUGUGGAGGCAGAAAUGCGUGCAGUCUCCCCCUCGGGCCGCAGGACCCGGGGACCCAGCCUGGCCUCGGACACCGGACACCGAGUCAACAUGUUGCCUUUAAAGGCUGAAUCACAAGGCGUGGUUCUUACUGGAGGAGGACUUGAAAGAUUAGAAAACCAUCUAAUGUUUCCUUUUACACUAUUCCUCACCCCUCCCCCCCCCUUCUUGGUACAGAGAACCAGCAAGCAGUUUGCAAUACUUGAUUUCUUUAUGAUUUGGUCAGGUUCGUUUUUUUAGGCCACGGAUUUUGGUUUGGCUUGGAAGGGGUAGUCUUUUGUUGUUGUUUUGAGGGGUUAGGAGUCAUUGAAAAACUGUUCCGUUUGUGCUGCUGUCAUAGCUUGCAAGACAUUCCUUUUUUUUCUUUUUCCCCAUGCACCAAAGAAACUAAGGUUCCCGCCCCCCCCCCCCCCCAUCCAUGAACAGAAAGAUCCUAGCUGCAAUAAUGUCCUAGAGAUUUUAAAAUUAUCUUUAUUCUGAGGUGAAUUCCGUGUAUUUUUACCUAGCUUGUUGGAAUCCUGCCUUCCACACUACAUGGUUUUUCGAACUGAAUUGCUUUUCCUAAGUGGCAAAUGAGUCGUUAUGGUGAUUCCCUUAGGCAGAUGCAGCGCCUGCCAGGACGCUGGCUAAAGGACCCCUUCACCACAGGGCCUCUGCUAAUUUCUCACAUCUGAGUUCUCCCUGGCACACAGUAGUGGCAGGUUCCUCCAGCAAAGCCAGUCUGCCUGCCUGUUCCUCAGAGCUGGUAUGGCCUGUGGACCCUGUGCUCAGACAGGCAGAGCUUGUCUCCCCCUUAGGAAAGUGCAGCUGGAAGUUUUUUUUCCCACCAAAAGCUCCUUUUCAGCUCAGAGCCCUGGUUAUUCUCUUAGUGACAAUCUUACAGGAAAAUUGUAGAGAGGCAUUAUGUACAAAUAUGUAAGUAGUUUUUUUUUUAAUUUUUAAUACUUGCACACACACACACAAAUCCUAUGUAAUGACUCCAAAAACUCAAACCUAUGAAAAAUUCCCGACAGGAAUUCUCCCCAUAUCUUGUUUAGAGUGAUGAGCAUGAUAGUACCUCAAAUACAUCCUCAGGAGGCCCACCCUGCCCCACUCUGCUGCGUUCCUCACUGUAAUGAUCAUAGUUGAUAUUUGCCUCCAGACCCGAGGUGCUAUAUAGCUUUGGCCAUUGUGUAUAUUUAGUGCUUGGUAGACUUUUGGGGUAGCCUCACAGAAGGAUAUUGUGUUCCUGUCCAAGAGUUGCAGGUGCCCUGACUGUCUCCAUUUUCCACAAAAAAAAAUCAAAAAAACAAAACAGAAAAACCCCAGAAAACAAAACAACCUGUCAGAGCUUCCAGGGGGGCCUCAGUGCAGCAGCCUAUUCUAAGUGCUCGCCUUCCUGAGUGCUGGGCUUGGUUCAUGGUUCCAUCUGUGAAUUCAGGUGAUGGAGAGCAAGUUUGGAAGACUUGAACAGGAGGAACCUGUGAACCCUAGCGUCCCAUGAUAUUCAUUGUCCAGGCACUUCAGACAACUUCAGGCAACUUCAGUUGGGAUGCUGGGGUCGGAGGCUUGGUGAAGACGGACCGUAGCUAAACUGCACAGUUUUCACCGUUUUCCUCAAGCCUUUUAUGUUACCACAAGUGUGCGAUGAAGCUCAUGAAUAGAAUUCAGAGACUACAGGCUCCUAUCUAAGCUAGUUUAAGAAAUGUCCAAGGACAUGGGAAAUUUAGAGAUACAUAGGGGUUGGUAUACUUGUAUAGGGAUCAGUAUAAGGUUGUUGUUGAUAUCAACUAUAGGCACUUUACUUAGGGUUAAAUGAUGAAACCCUUAAGAGGUUUUGAACACCAACAUACUGGCUUAUACUGCUGAGAUAUUUUGGUUUUCAUUAUUUUGCACUGGAUACUGUGUAAAUAUACUUAAAUAUACAUUUCAAACCACUGUUUUUUCUACUCUUUUUGCUGCUCAUUAAAAUCUUUCAUGUAGGUGCCAGAACCAUAUGUAAACAGCUUUUUAAAACUGAAGCUGGUAUUUUUUUUUUCCAAAAAAAAAGCCAUAAUAUUUGGUCGUUUUCCAUAUCAAAAUAAUUUGAAACAAGGUGUAAUACUAAUUUAAAAAAAACCCACAGGCACCAAAUCGGCUGCUUGAAACGGUCUUUGAAAGACUUACUUUUUUUUUCUUUUUUCUGCAGGUAGGGGGUGGUUGUGGGGGUUGUGAUAAAAUAACGUUUUGCACAUCUAAGAGUUAAGGGGGAAGUUGGUGCCACUGUCAGGAGUGGCAGCGCAUAGCCACGAGGACUCCUGUAAGAAGCUGGGAAAGCGGGUGCGUGGGCGGUCGGAGAACUGCGGGUGUCCGGGAGCUGGGGCACUGGCGCGUGCAGGAACUUCCCUUGCUCUGUGACUUCCAAGCCAGUUUGAGUCAAAUGUUUUCUAAACUUUUAUUGUACUAUUGCAAUAAAUCUUUUAACA